CUCCUCCAACAAUAAAAAUAAAAGAACCUUGACCGUCAUCAAGAUAUAUAAGAGAAAGCAUUAUUGACUAAUCUACUGUUGCUGACUUUUUUGAUCAAAAAAUUGCCAAUUCAACAACACCACAAGCAAAUUUGACAACUCUUAUCCCCAGAAGAGCAAGAAGCAGAUGGGUGGCCAUGGCUGCAGCGCCGUCGACGGCCAUUUAAACGACGAUAACUUCAGCAAGCCUAUGCCAUGGAUCGGCAUCUACAUAGCAGCAGCAUCUGCAGCCUGCCUUGUAGCCAUGGCUGCAGAUCUAAUCCAAGGCUUCCGCUUCAGGAAAUUCUGGUUCCCUUGCAACUACUUCUCCAUCAACGCCACUUCCCUCACCUUGAUAGCUGUCGCAGCCAAGCUUUCUGUAGACCUAAACACCUCCAUGCCUAACCGCCGCGACCAGCUUGCGAAGCUCACCAGCGCAGCCUUCAUCUGCACAGUGAUGGGAAACUCCAUGCCGUCUCUCGGAACCAUGGGGAAUGAAGACUUGUUCAUGAACAUCAUGGCUUUGGGAAUUCUGGUAAUUACCAUCAUAGUCAAUAUCUGCAUCCAGUUAGGUACUGGCGCGAUUUUCGUUUUCUGGAAAGAACAUGCUCUGUUCAUGUUUAUCAUGCUUGUUUUGCUUAUUGUCAUGAGUUUCUCUGCUCUAAUUGUCCCAACCACUAAGCGUUAUCUAGAAUAUAAGUACGACAAAAAGUAUGAACUAGCACUUAAAGAAGCCCCAAGUGACAUCAAUGGCAAAAAAUUGGUGUGCAAGCUCAGAAAGGAUCUGGAUAAGUAUUGGAUGAUGGCUUAUACCUGUAGUCCUCAGUUUGUGAUGGGGCGUUCGGUGACUUGCACCGCUUCUGGAGCGCUCUGUCUUGUGAGUGCCGCGGUUUUGGGAGAAGCCAUAAUUAGGUCUUACUUUAUGGCAUGGUCAGUUAAGUUCUGCACUGGGGAUUCAGACUACAAGUGGUCUACUAGCUUAGUUCUAGUAAUACAAACUAUUGCAGUAGGAGUUGGGACAAUUGCCCCAGCUUGUAGAUGGCUAUUCGCAAUCCGUUUUAGGUGCCCAUAUAGAGGGAACAAAAAGGAGUGGAGAAAGGAAUUCAGAGUAGAAAAGUACUGGAUCCAGAGACUAGAAGAGAUGAAAGACAGUCCCUUGACUUCCUCCAUCUUUAAGCAUCGGAAUAGGUACUGCAGGAGAGUAAUUCAUGAUUCGAAAAAUCUGGUUUUGGACAUGUGCAUCUCAAUGCAGAUUGGGAUUGUGUUCACAAGCAAGUUGAUUCGUUUCCUUUCUAUUUUCACCGCAAGUAAAGUCUUGUUUUUCUCAGAACUUGGGUGGGAGUUGAAGAGGAAGCUCCGAUUCUGCGUUGCUGUUUCAAGUAAUGACUCGGAAGAAGAUUCACUUCAAGACACCAAGAAGGAUCUUAGCCGUUUUGUUUUGCACCUUGAGGGUGAGGAAGCGCUUGUUAAGCUGAUCAUCAAGCGAAAUUGCGAUGCCACUGAUCAUUGGUUUCAGCUGGGGAGGAAAAGACAGCCUAAAUAUCUCAUGAACCUGUUGGAGAAAUCUUCACAAGAAUUGAGGGGAGUGGCUGAAUUUGAUUUGAGUGACCAAGUUCCUUGUCUACAUGAUGAAGAGCCUCCAAAUUGUUGGGCUCUUCCUGUGGUGACGCUGACAAGUAUCGCCCUUGCGCUUCCAGAGAUCGACAGCUCUGCAAUCAGACAGUUGAGAAACGGGGUGAGUGAAGGCCUUGUUUAUGUAAAACACAUGGAGAAGCUCUUGGAUGUCAAAGCAGAUCUGAGCAACAUCAAGAAAGCAGCAGAAGCUGUAUGGACAGAAGUUGACCUCUACCACAAAUGGCUAGAAGUUGACCUCAAAAAAAUUUCACUUUCAAAGGAAACCCCAAAUGAAGUGCUUGAAGAACUCGCCCAAAUUGCCAAAAAUAAGUUUUUGGUGCUCAAGAAUGCACACUUGGCUGAAUGCUUAAAGGUUAACCCUCUGAAGUGGCCCAUCAAGUUGUUAGCUGCUCAUUCCAUGUACCGAAUAAGCCAAUCUCUUAUUCUCAACUCUGAAAGAAUCAACCACCAAACAUCGGAGAAACUAUUCGAAGCCAUAACCGUUAUGAUCUCGGAUAUCUUGUGUGCUUGUAUGACCAACUUACAACAGGUUAUAUCAGUCAAGUGCUUGAACAGCGCAAUUGAAGAAAGGGAAGAGAGUGUGAGGCAUGCUGUUUUCAUUCUUGGUAAGUCUGAAGAGAUUCUGAAGAUUCAUGGCCAUAAAACGAUUCCCAAUUUGGACUCUUACCAAAUGGCCUGCAUUGACGAGUGGCGUUCGUCACACAAAACCAAGAAUCCAUGGGCGUUCACUCCAUCUUCAUCAGAGAUUGACACACUUUCUCCUGGUUCAACUGAUUUAUGCAUAGGCAUCGACUAGAAUAUACAAGCAUAUGCCCUAUAUAUAUUAUAUGUAUAUAUAUAUAUAUAUGAAUACUCAAAAGAGCUCAUGUUUUUUGUGUCUUUGUAAAAGUUUUAAGACUAUAAAGUUUUGCUCCAUAUUAUAUAUGUAAAUAUAUAGUAUGACUCUGAUUUGGUGUUUAUGUAAAACUAUAACUCAGUUUCUGAGCUAGAUUCAUGUUGACGGGCACUUCAAAGAUCCCUGUUUCAGAGUUUUG